AUAUUUCCAAAUGAUCUCGGGCUUAAACGUCUGGGAGAGUUUGGAGCGUUCACAAACAUCAUUAUUUAUUAGUGAUUUCACACUUGUCUGUUUUUAGCACUCAUAAUUCUCACUAGCUCUCAAGCUACCGCGCGCGCGCGUGUGUGUAUAUAAUAUGUAGAUGUUUUGUAAUCGAUAUUUCAUACGUAUAUUUAUUUAUGACGCACAUAAACAGGUGGAUCAUUGUAAAUGUGUUUCUGAUUUAUUGUGGUCGUCAGGCACUGCGUAUUAAACACAACAUGCUCAUUAGAAAGCUGAAUUCGGUUCUCAUAGCACACUUUAUCACCCUGCUUUAUUUCUAAUGAUUCACCCACCGCAAAUCAGAUGGAACAGUGCAGUAUUUACGAGGGUUGGUCUAUAAAUGGUGUUUUGUUAAUCAUUAUGGAGCGUGCUCCUUGUGGAUCUUCCGACACUGUUCAGAGUCCAGCUCUUAUCGCCGACGCUAAGCUCGGUUGUAGAGAAGGGUUAGUACAGGGAAACGUUGUAGACAGAUAUGGCAGUCAGAUCGAGUCCGAUUUAAGGCUUUCCGAACAUGUCCGUGCUUGAAAGUCUAACGCUGUAAUCCAGUACAAACCUAACUUUUGUGCCGAACUGUCCUGGCUCCGGUCUGGACAUGAACUGGUGUGCCCGCCCCGUGAAGGAAAUGAACCAAUCAGCACGCGCGGAGCAUAUGAUUGACAUCCCAAUGAUCAGUUGCCAGUGAGCAGAUCUCAAAGCAGAGCUCAAGCACCAGAAGCGGUCUCCCGAGACGUCCUCUAGAAAUUAGACGCAACUGGUGUUUCUCUUGGACACGCCGCAGUUACAGUCGUCUCACAAUCAUGUCCCGAGGGAAAUAUUGGAUUAUGAAAUCGAAUAAUUCUCGCAUGGAGUUUCAAAAGCUUUAUUAAAGCGGUUCCUGGCUGCGUCCCAACGCGCAUACUACCGCACUAAACAGUACACCCGCAGAAUACAGCACAAAGCAUGGUUGCUUGAAAACUACCGUACUGAACAGUGUACAGUGUUAACAUUGGGUUUAUCCGCUUGUCCACUAAAACAAUUGGCAGUUGAAAGUGCAACGCAUUUUGUCUUGAUUUUUAAGCCUUUAUUUAGUUCUUUGCAAUCAAAUGCAAAUUUUAUAUUGACAUUUUCCUUGCCCUAGGAGAUACCCAUUAUUUUUCUGUUGUAAUGCAGUUGGGUUUGUUAUGUAGGUCAGGCCCGGCUUAAGCAGCUUUACUGAACCUGCGUCAGCUUAAGCUGAAAGGAAUUUGAGCAGAGCCCUCCCCUAUAGGCGUGGGCCUAAUCGAGGCUGGCCUAGUUAAGCCUGAUUUUUUUCCCCCUCACGUUUGUCAGCGUGGAGAGUGUGUGUGGCUGUGUAACAAAACCAGCACAGGAACUCUUGCACGUGCAAGUGUUUUCAAGAGAAAGACAAAGAGACAGAUAGUCCAGGGCAAAAAGCCAGGGAGAAGAGACUUAGUGGAAAGAGGUGAGGAAAAGAAGCAGAGCCUAAGAGCAACCAGGACCAGCUUAGAACCAAGAUGUCUGCUUUGUUUAUGACUAGCAGCAUGGUGGGCAAGGCACGCUCUUCGAACUUUACUCUGUCUGAGAAACUGGACCUGCUCCGCCUGGUUCAGCCGCACAUCCGCAUUUUGGAGGAGCACACAAACAAGCAUGCCGUGAUUGUGGACAAGAACCGGUGCUGGGAGAACAUAGCCGAACGCUACAACAAACUGGGAGGAGAGAGGCCGCCCCGGACAGCCCAGGGGCUCCGGACCCUGUACAAACGUCUCAAAGAGAGUGCUAAACAAGAAGUGGUCCAGCGGAGCCACGCCCAGCCUGAGUAUCGGGGCAGCAUCUCAGAACCAACCAAACGGAUCAUGGAGAUGAUCCCGCAUCUAUUUCAUGCAGGGGACAAAGAGCACAGCACACUCCACAGGCUGCAAUACAGGAUGAACUCUCCAGUCGAGCAACCCGGCAGCAGUUCGUCUCUUCCUGCCAUGCUGGACUACACACCUGUGGCCAGAGCGGUGAGGGUGGAGUCAGAGGAUGUCAAACCUCCACCUGAUCUCCAAAUAGUAGUCCCGCACGAUUCGCCUGUAACAUUAACAACUCCUCACAGUCAGGAGCCCAUUGCUCAGACUGAGAAUGAAGUUGAGGAGGAGGAAGAGGAAGAAGAACUAGUCUCUAAUGUUUACGCAGCCUCCCUCUCACCCUGCCCCUCCUCUGUGCAUCUCCCUCCAUCACCUUCAGCACCCACGUCCAGACGCAGUCUGUACGAAAGGGGCGGUGUUUUGUUUAGAAACCCUGCACUGGAGGCAGAGUCUUUGCAGAUGAUGCGAGAGGAGCAUGAGCUUUUACUGGCCAACCACAGGAAGCUUGGACAAUACCUAGACGAGAGAAGAGAGGGGCUAAAAAGAAAGCAACAGUUGGAGGAGGAGCUCUUGAGGUCAAAGGUCAAAGUGGAGAAACUUAGGGCUGCACGGCUACGCCACGGACUGCCACUAAUGUAACAAACUCGCUGAAAGUAAUGUAAAGACAGUAACACUGCUGGCGUGUACAGUUUUACAAAUGACUCUUUUAUUUGAUUGACUUUUUCUGUCUGUAGAAGAAGUACAUGUCUUAUCUAUCUGUGAAUAUGAGACAGACAUGAUUGUAUUUUGUUGCAAUAAUAAAGCAAUAAUUUUUGGUUUUAUA